GUAAACAAACUUGAAAAAAAUAAAAAUUCACAGUCCCAAACUCACAUCUCUUACCCCCAACAUAAUGUCUGCCAUCACCUUAAUCAAGACUGCUGCCAUCAGCUCUGCCCGCUUCACCGCUGUUCAAAAGGCCACCCCUGCUCUAUCUUGGGCCGCCAUCUCACGCCGAGCCUAUGCAACAGACAAGGGUGAGGGUUCCACUGAAACUCCUAAGCAAGCCACCACGGAAGAAUCCACCGAGAAGGCCACUGGUGGUAAGACUGCUGAAGAACUUACUGCUGCUUUGGCAGAGAAGGAGAAAAAGCUUGCUGAAAUUCAGGAUGCUUACUUGCGCUGCUUAGCUGACCAAGAGAACCUUCGUGUUCGCACCCGCAAGGAAAUCACACAGACUCAAGAUUUCGCUAUUCAGAAAUUCGCCAAAGAUUUGCUCGAUACUGUUGAUAUUUUGGGUAUGGCUUUGCAAUCUGUGCCUGAGGGUCUCCGAAACAAGGAGGAGGCUGCUAAGCAAGAUCUUGAGAAGCUUGCCGAUCAAUUGAGCAACCUUUACACUGGUGUUUCUAUGACCGAGUCGGAAUUGUUGAAGGCCUUGAAGCGACAUGGUGUUGAGCGUUAUAACCCAGAAGGUGAAGUUUUCGACCCCAACAAGCACCAAGCUCUUUUCCAGGCACCUAUGCCUGACAAGGAAGCUGGUACUGUCUUCUCUGUCCAAAAAUUCGGCUUCAUGAUCAAGGACCGUGUCUUGAGACCCGCACAGGUUGGCGUGGUUUCCGACCAACAGUAACUCCUCAAUCCACCCCAUGUCCAUAUCAAGUUCUAAUAACUCACUCGAAAUAUCUCCUCCCCCCCUUCCCUGUUCAAAUUCCUCUCUUCUUGUUGCCCUUUUGCUAAUUAUACUUUGCAAAUAUUGUAUAGAAGUUUGUUGUUUUUAUAGAAAUUUUGUGCAACUGCUGGCAUAUUCCAAUGGUUGGUGAAUGCAAAAUACCAAAGAUCUUACACUAAAGAAAAAGAGAAAACAAACAUUCACCUUUAAUGUACCAUG